AUGGUUUAUGAGUCUUCUACCGUCGGUGGUGAGGCGGAUUCGGUCGUGGCGGAGCAGGGUAGCUCAAGAGACGAAGACGAUGAUUGGGAAGGCGUAGAGAGCACGGAACUGGACGAGGCUUUCAGCGCUGCUACUCUCUUUGUAACUACAGCCGCCGCUGAUCGGUUGUCGCGGAAGAUCGCUACGGAAGGGCCUUGUACUGCUCCUCAGCCUUCUGCUCUCAAACUUACUGCUCGUGCCAAGUGGCAAGCAUGGAGGAAACUGGGUGCUAUGCCCACUGAGGAAGCGAUGGAGAAGUAUAUUGAGAUUGUCACUCAGCUUUAUCCAACUUGGUUAGACUGUGGCCUGAAAGCUGGAAGUCGAAAUGAUGCAGUCUCAAGCUCAGGAGGAACCAUGGGGCCAGUUUUUAGCUCAUUGGUUUAUGAAGAGGAAUCGCAAAAUGAGUUGUAA